AAGAACAAACCCGAAUAAUUGCAAGUUGCAAGCAAACCCAACAAACGAGGUUUUUUGGGGCAUUUGCUGUUUUAUCGGCGGAAUAUUUGUUUUGUAGUGAAAGAAAAGCAUUCCAAACAAUUGUGCAAUUGAAGUUAUGGUUUUCAUGUUUCAAUUUUGAACAAAUUAAGUACAUCAAACAUCGUUCGAGCCGAUCUAUAGAUAAAAACGUUCGCCUAAAAUGGAGGUCGAAGAAUUCAAUUCACCGGAUGGAGGUGAAUCGGAAGAAAAUUUCGAGGAAGACGUUUGUUUCGAAAACGACGGGGAAGCUUCCAAAGAUUUCGCCUCUCAAAGGGGCCGAGGAGGCAGAGGUUUCAACAAAGGACCGCAAAGAAACUGGUCCGGACCACCGCCGAGAGGAGGAGGAGGAGAACAUCCAAGGUUCAGGGGCCGAGGGUUCGGACCCGGGGGGCCGCCUCCUCCUUUCAGAGGCAACAGAGGUGGGCCGAUGUUUAGGGGGCCUCCACCCCGCGGUGGACCGCACGGAAAUUUCAACGGCCCACCCGGCUUCGGGGGCGCCAAUUGGAAUGGGCCGCCUUCUGGACCACCGCCUCUCAUGGGCUUUAGUGGUGGUAACGAAAAUGAGUCACCAAACUUAAAUGCUGGGUCAGGUGGACCAAAUUCUAAUCAAGAAGCAGGUAAUGCUGGACAACCAAAUUCUACUAUGACGUUAGAUCCAAACGCAGAAAUCUGGGUGGAAACGAAAACAGCAGAAGGCAAGUCAUAUUAUUAUAAUGCUCGUUCUAGAGAAACAACUUGGACUAAACCAGAUGGACCUAAUAUAAAAGUUAUCUCACAGGAUCAAGUAGAAGCUAUGGCACAAGCCGCUACCGUAGGUAUGGCUCAGAAUACAUCGACGGCUGCUCAAGCUGCCUUAGCCCAAGCUAGCAUAUCUAACAAACAAGAUGGUGGAGAUGAAAAACAAGAUAGCUUAAAGUCGAAUGCCGGUCAAAUACCGCCGCCUCACACCCUUUUAGGGCCGCCGCCGGGCUUCGCGCCGCCGUUCGGGCCGCCCGGGCAAUUUCCGCCGUUCGGUUUACCGCCGCCGGGCAUGCCGGGCGCGUGGCCGGCCGGACCGGGCCAGCCCAAUUGGCCCGUUCCUCCGGGUGGGCCGUGGCCCAUUCCGCCGACGAUGUUUCCGGGAGUUUCAGGUGCUAUGGCAGCGAUCGACGAAGCGGCUGUUAUGUCGAAAAUCGAUCCGGACAUAAUAGGCCGAGCUUCGGAGUGGACGGAGCACAAGGCGCCCGACGGGAGGUUUUACUAUUAUAAUGCCAAGAAGGCGGAAUCCGUUUGGGAGAAACCACAGCCUCUCAAGGACUUGGAAACUGCUAAACUUGCGGCUGCGCAGGGUAUCUCUACAAAACCAUCAUUAGAUCCUCAAGGAGAUUCAGGUAAGACAGUAGCGAAUACCAACGGAGAAGCUGUUAAGAUGGACUUGGAAAAGGACGCCGAGGAAAAGGUAAAAAAACUGCAAGAAGAAAUCAAGAAGAAGAAGGAAGAGGAGGAGAAGGCGAAGGAAAUAAAAUCGCAGGAUAAAUCCAGGCCUAUUUCGAGUACUCCCGUGCCAGGAACUCCCUGGUGUGUUGUAUGGACAGGAGAUGGCAGAGUUUUCUUCUACAACCCUUCAUCCAGGACGUCGGUUUGGGAGCGACCGGAAGAACUACUGAAGCGAUCGGAUGUGGACAAAAUGGUAGCGAAUCCUCCCGAUUCCCUUUCGACCACGAAACCGGACCCCUCUAAAUCCCCUCCAAAGAAGCCCGGAUCGGACGAGAGUGAUAGCGAAGAGGAAGUUCCGGCCAAAAAGCCUAAAUUAGAUGAUUCUCAACCGAUUCAAACGAACACUAAUGGAAAUGCAACUCCAGCUAAGAAAAUCGAUAUAGGCAAAGAGGCUGCCAUCGAAGCGGAAGUGAGAGCGGCAAAGGAACGGGCCGUCAUUCCCCUGGACACUAGAAUAAAAUUGUUCAAAGAAAUGCUGACGGAGAAGCAAGUGUCGGCGUUCAGAACGUGGGAGAAGGAACUGCACAAGAUCGUCUUCGAUCACAGAUACCUCCUGUUGACAUCGAAAGAACGCAAACAAGUCUUCGAAAAAUACGUGAAAGAAAGGGCCGAGGAGGAGAGGCGAGAGAAACGGAACAAGUUGAGGGAGAAGAAGGAUCUGUUCAGGAAAUUAUUGAGCGAAUCGAAUUUAACUGGCAAAUCGUCAUUUAGUGAUUUUGCCCAAAAAUAUGCCAAGGAUGAGCGGUUUAAAGGUGUCGAAAAGAUGCGAGAACGGGAAAGCUUGUUCAACGAAUACCUCAUAGAGGUGAGGAAACGCGAGAAGGAGGAGAAGAAUCAACGUAGAGAACAGGUCAAGAAAGACUUCAUAGCCAUGCUGCGGGAACAUUCGGACAUCGACAGGCAUUCGCAUUGGUCGGAUGUCAAGAGAAAAGUCGACUCCGAUUCGAGAUACAAAGCCGUGGAUUCGCACAACCAGCGCGAGGAUUGGUUCAGGGAGUUCUGCAAGCUGUUGAAAGAGGAGAAGAAGCGCGCCAAAGAAAAGGACCGCGAACACAAGAAGGACAAGGAGAAACACAAGAAGAAGGACAAGGACAAGGAUAAGGAGAGGGAAAAGAAGAAGGAGAAGGACAAGGACAAGGAUAAGGAUAAGGACAAAGAUAAGGAUAAAGAUAAGGAGAAGGAGAAGGAGAAGGAAAAGGACAAAGAUAAGGACGAAUCGAAAGUCGAGGAAGAAGACGAAGAGGACGUCGAUGUAUCCGCGAAAGAUGCGGAGGGCGAAAAGGAAGAAGUGGAAGAUGAGGUGUCUCAGGAUCAGAAAGAUAAAGAUAGACAGGCGAGGGCGGAGGCGAGCCUUCGGGAGAGAGAGAAAGAAGUACAACGUACGUUGGCUACUCACAUGAGAGACAGGGACAAGGAGAGAGAACAACACAAACGCGACGAAGCCAUUCAACAUUUCAACGCCUUGUUAUCGGACCUGGUGCGAAAUUCCGAUUUGAGUUGGAGAGAGGUGAAGCGGAUUUUGCGAAAGGACGACCGAUGGGAUUUGGCCGGCAGUCUGUCGAGGGACGACAAAGAAAAAUUGUUCAACGAACACGUCGAACUACUGGUGAAAAAGAAACGGCAGAAUUUCAGAGAGUUACUCGACGAAACUGCGGACGUUACGCUGGUGAGCUCGUGGAAGGAGAUCAAGAAAACCAUUCGAGACGAUCCCAGGUACACCAAGUUCGCGUCCAGCGAGAGGUGCGAACGCGAGUUCAAGGACUACCUGAAAGACAAACUAAUUUUAGCGAAGGGUCAAUUCAAGGAACUUUUGCACGAGACCAAGCUCAUCACCCACAAGUCACUGCAAACGGUGAGAGAGAACCAGGCGCACAUGCAGGAAAUCGAGGACAUUCUAAAAAACGACAAGCGGUAUUUGGUAUUGGACCACAUACCCGACGAAAGGACCCAGCUCAUAUUGAACUACUUGGAGGAGUUAGACAGGCGAGGUCCCCCUCCGCCUCCCACUGCCAGCGAGCCCAAUCGCAGGAACAUUAAAUAGCAUGAUUAUAUUAAUUAAUUAGUUUAUUGUGUAUUUAAGUGAUUAAUCACGUAUUGCUUCUUUUCAUCAAUUUGUAUAUUUUGCUGUUUAUUAUAUAGACCUUUUGCAUAAAUAAACAGGUGGUUGAGAUUUUUGUUUUACACAAAACAAUCAGGGUUUUAAAGUUUUUUAAUCAAUAAAUAAUUAUUAAGGUAA